CCCGGCGGCGGGGCGGGCGGAGCCGGGGCCGCAGCCGCAGCCGCGGCCGAGCCCAGCGCAGCGCAGCGGGACAUGGAGGCCGCUCCGGCGGAGCAGGGAACCCCCGCGCCGCUACCGCCGCCGCCGCCGCUGCUGCCGGAGAAGAAGAAGAAGCCGCAGCGGGCACCGUCUCCCGCCCGCCCCAAGGAGGUGCCCGGCUGGUCGCUGGCCAAGAGCCGCCGCGGCGGGGGACACCCGGGCGCGGCCCCGCGGCUGGCGGCGGGCAGCGCGCACCCGCGGCGGGCGGGCGGGGGCAAGGAGGGGCGCCCCGAGAAGCGGACGGUGGCGGCGGCCCGGGCCGGCGGCAAGGGGCCGGUGGGGCGCGGUGCGGCUCGGGCGAAGGGGCGCUGCCGCGGGGCGGAGACGGCGGCGAGCGGGGUGCGGCGGCCGGGACCGGCAGCGGGGUCGGCGGCCGGGCCGGUGCCAGGGGCCAGCCUGACCGACAGCAGCUCGGAGGUGUCGGACUGCAGCGCCUCGGAGGAGGCGAAGCUGCUGUCGCUGGAGCUGGGGCUCAGCGGCAGCGACGGCGAGUCCCCGGGCAGCGCCCCGCCGCCGCCGCCCUCGACCGGCGAGGCCUCACCGCUGCCCGAGGAGCCCUCGGCCGCCUCCAUGGCCAGCAGCCGCCUGCAGCUCAGCACCUCGCUCGCCUUCUCCGACCUCACCGAGGAGCUGCUGGAUGCCGGCACCGACGGGCUGCUCCGCGAGCUGGAGGACCUGCGCUCUGAGAACGACUAUCUCAAGGAUGAGAUCGAGGAGCUGCGCGCUGAGAUGCUGGAGAUGAGGGACGUCUACAUGGAGGAGGAUGUCUACCAGCUGCAGGAGCUCCGGCAGCAGCUGGACCAGGCCAGCAAGACCUGCCGCAUCCUGCAGUACCGGCUGCGCAAGGCCGAGCGCCGCAGCCUGCGCGUGGCACAGACGGGCCAGGUGGACAGCGAGCUCAUCCACAGCCUCGAGCAGGACGUCAAGGUGGCCAAGGAUGUCUCUGUGCGGCUCCACAAUGAGCUGGAGGUGGUGGAGAAGAAGAGGAUCAGGCUGGAGGAGGAGAACGAGGACCUACGCCAGCGGCUCAUUGAGACGGAGCUGGCCAAGCAGGUGGUGCAGAAUGAGAUGGACAAACUCCGAGAGAAUUCCCUGAAGAAGCGGGGGUCUCGCUCCAUCGGGAAGACCGAGAAGAAGCCGUCAGUGCAGGAGGACAGCGCGGACCUGAAGUGCCAGCUGCAUUUCGCCAAGGAGGAGUCAGCCCUGAUGUGCAAGAAGCUGACCAAGCUGGCCAAGGAGAACGAUGGCAUGAAGGAGGAACUGCUGAAGUACAGGUCCUUGUACGGAGACCUCGACAGCUCCCUCUCCGUGGAGGAGCUGGCUGACUCUCCCCACUCCCGGGAGGCCGAGCUGAAGGUCCAUCUCAAGCUGGUGGAGGAGGAAGCCAACAUCCUCAGCCGGAGGAUAGUGGAGCUGGAGGUGGAAAACCGUGGGCUGCGGGCAGAGAUGGAUGACAUGAAAGGCCAGGGGGACAGAGAGCUGCCGGGGCAGGACACACGGUUCCUGGCAGGCAUCUCGGGCUGUGGGGACGCAGGGGACACGGUGGCGGAGCUGCGCCGGCACCUGCAGUUCGUGGAGGAAGAGGCCGAGCUGCUGAGGCGCUCGCUGCUGGAGCUGGAGGACCAGAACAAGCUCCUGCUGAACGAGCUGUCCAAGUACAAGUCAGACCACGAGCUGGACGUGACGCUGUCAGAGGACAGCUGUUCGGUGGUCAGCGAGCCCUCGCAGGAGGAGCUGGCCACGGCCAAGGUGCAGAUCAGCGAGCUGAGCGGCAAGGUGAAGAAGCUGCAGUAUGAGAACCGCGUGCUGCUCUCCAACCUCCAGCGCUGCGACCUGGCCUCCUGCCAGACCACCCGGCCCAUGCUGGAGACUGACGCCGAGGCUGGCGACUCGGCACAGUGUGUCCCCACCACCGGCUGGAGAGGCGGGAUGGGCAGCAGCGAAGCCGACGGGCAGGACAGGGUGCCUGGAGGUGGGAAGGUGCCCGAUGGUCCCACCAAGCUUCUCAAGGCCAAGGACUGGGAGACCUUGCUAGGCAUCCGGGACCAGGCGGCGCUUGUCAGCAAAGCGAUUGACGUCUUGAUUUCGGAUGCCAAUGGCUUCAGCUCCGGCCUGAAGGCGUGCUUGGACAACGAGUGUGUGGGGACACUGCUGGGCGAGGCGGUGGGUAGCAGUGGCGAGGGCCCCAGCGAUGCCAAGCUGAUGAACGUGCUUCUCAUGCGGCUGGGUGUGCUGCAGCAGGACCUGGGCUGCUUCACCAGGAAGGUGGACAACCUCACCAGUGGCCUCAAGGAGCACAUGGACUCUUUCCCCUUUCCCAGCCCUGGCAGCCAUGACACCACCAAAGAGGGGCUGCAGAAGGAAAAUGCCUCCGACUUCCAGCAGCCUGAUUUUAGGGACGCCGACCCUUACCGCAUCCCCCACGCCAAGGACACGGACACUGUGCAGCCCCGGAGCUACAAAACCUGCCGGCCAGAGGAGAAUGACUCCUACGCCACCGAGAUGAAGGAGCUGCAGCUGGUGCUGUCAGAGGCCAAUGAGAGCCUGCGGGGACUGCAGGAGCAGCUCUCCCAGGAGAGGCAGCUGAGGAAGGACGAGGUGGACAACUUCUCGCAGAAGAUCUGCCAGCUGAAGGAGGAUCACCAGAAAGCGCUGCUGCGGCGGGAGUUCGAGCUGCAGAGCCUGAACCUGCAGAGGCGGCUGGAGCAGAAGUUCUGGAGCCAGGAGAAGAACCUGCUGGUGCAGGAGUCACAGCAGUUCAGGCAGAGCUUCCUCCUGCUCUUCAUGAAGCUUAAGUGGUUCCUCAAGCGCUGGCGCCAGGGCAAGAUGGUGCACAGCGAGGGCGAGGACUUUUUGGAGGUGAACAGCAUGAAGGAGCUGUACCUGCUGCUGGAGGAGGAGGAGCUCGCCCCCCAGCAGCAGGCAGACAACAAGACGUGCAGCAGGGACACCUGGACCCCCAACACGCAGCCCAACGAGUGCAUCAAGACACUGGCGGACAUGAAGGUGACCCUGAAGGAGCUGUGCACGGAGCUGCGGGAGGAGCGGCGCGGUGCCAGCGAGCUGCAGCAGCAGUUCACCAAAGCCAAGGCCGCCUGGGAGAUGGAGCGUGCCGAGCUCAAGUGCCACAUCGCCCAGCUGGAGUCAAAGGCGGGCAAAGGGAUCACGGAGCGUGCGCUGCCGGACUGGAAGGUGGCAUUGAAGAGGGAGCGUGAGGAGCACCAGCAUCUUCUAGCGGAGUCCUACAGUGCUGUCAUGGACCUCACCAAGCAGCUGCAGAUCAGUGAGAAGAACUGGAACCAGGAGAAGGUGGAGCUGCUGGCCCGCUUCAAGGAGGAGCAGCAGCAGGCAGAGCAGCAAGCAAAGGACCUGCAGAACAAAAUCAACCAGUUGCAGAAGGGAGCCAGCCCAUGGGCAUUGAAGCACUCUGAAAUGGAGAAGCAUGGCAGCAACUGGAAAGAGGCUCUCAAUGAAAAAAUCACAGACAAAGAGACAAUCUCUGAAGCAGAAGCCAAGGGAACCAACCUCAAAAGGACCAAGUCCGUUUCCUCCAUGUCAGAGUUUGAAAGCUUGCUUGACUGUUCUCCCUACCUCCCUGGAAAGACCACGCCGGGGCUGGGUGACCAUUCUCGGGGCAAAAAAGCGUCUGCAGCCGCCCAGCUGCUGCCCAACGGGAUCCGGGACAGCGCCGACAUUCUUCCCUCAAACUGUACAUAUGUGAAUAUUGAGCAACCUGGCCCCGACAGCUUGGCCAAGGAGAAGCUGGGCAUCUCCUCCUGGGACUACUCACGAGCAAGCAGCCUCUCCGGCCAUGAUCCAGCACAGAAACAAAUGCAGAGGAGCUACACGGCGCCUGACAAGACGGGGAUCCGCAUCUACUACAGCCCGCCGGUGGUGCGGCGGCUGGAGGCACCUCUGGUGCACAACAAGGAGGGGAAGAUCAUGAUCGAACCCGGUUUCUUGUUCACCAUGGCCAAACCGAAGGAGCCGGAGGAGUCAGCCAGUGCCGAGAGCACCUAUAGCCAGUGGCUGUGCAACUUCUCCAAACAGCAGCGGGAGCUCCUGGAUGGUGGGACGGUGGAGAGCGCGGUGCCAGCGGUGCCCCGCUUCCCCUCCUCACUGCACGACCUGGAGAUCUCCGGCAACAUGAGUGAUGACAUGAAGGAGAUCACCAACUGCGUGCGGCAGGCCAUCCGCUCCAGCUCGCUGGAGAGGAAGGUGAAAAGCACCUCCAGCCAGACGGUGGGGCUGGCCCACGUGGGGACACAGACCAUCCAGACGGUGAGCGUGGGUCUGCAGACUGACCUGCCGCGUGGCAGUGGCGUGCAUGGCAAGAGCUGGUCCCCGCGCAGCUCCUCCCUCGUCUCCGUGCGCAGCAAGCAGAUCUCCUCCUCCCUGGAUAAGGUCCAUUCCAGGAUCGAACGGCCGUGCUGCUCCCCAAAAUACGGCUCUCCGAAGCUCCAGAGGCGGUCUUCCUCCAAGCUGGAUGCCUCCAAGGACAGGAGCCUCUGGAACCUGCACCAGAGCAAGCAGAAUGGCUCCGCGUGGGCCCGCUCCACCACCACCCGCGACAGCCCUGUCCUCAGCAACAUCAACGACGGCUUGUCCAGCUUGUUCAGCGUGGUGGAGCACGGCGGCAGCACCGAGUCCAUCUGGAAACCAGGGUGCCCUGAAAGUGGCCGGGCCAAGCCUGAAGCACCCAAGUACGGCCUCGUGCAGGAGUUCUUCAGGAACGUCUGCGGGCGGGCACAGAGCCCCACAGCCCCCCCAGAGAAGAAGGAGGCUGCUGGGGAGGAGGGCGGCAGGAGAGCUGAGCACCCCAGCCUGGCCACCCACCACCCAUCCGAAAAUAUCUCCCGCGUCUUGAACAAGAAAGUCCUCAAGCAGAGCAGCUGCGAGGACCCCAAGCCCUCAUCCCCUGGCCAAGGGAGUAAGGACACAGCCCUGCGGGACCCCGACCUCAUCUCGGCCAUGGCCAGCGAGGACAUGGCGUGUGACUGCAGCUCCCAGUCCCUCACCUCCUGCUUCGCCCGGCCGUCCCGCUCCGCCAUCCGCCAUUCCCCCUCCAAGUGCAAACUGCACCCCGCGGACCCCCCCAGGGCGGAGGAGAAGCCGGGGGGCUUGACCUGCAAUGUAAAACCAAGUGCUUUUUAAAAAUACCGAAAUGAGCUACAUUGGAGAUGCACCAAUUGGAUUAAGAGAUUGUGGGCUGGGAGGCUGCAGCGUGGCCGGCGGUCUGCACCACACGUCCCUGGGUCACCACCAGAAAAAGCCUUAUCUGGGGAGGGAGGAGGCAGCAGCCACAGCCCCCGCAGCGGUGCAGAGCUCCUGGGGCUGGGGGCUGCGUCCCAGCCCCACACAGAGCAGCGGUGGUUCCUCUGUGCAGGCCCAGGAGAGAACAGCAAUUUCAGAAGCAACUGCCUGACCUAUUUUCGAGCUGUCUGCCAUAGGGGCCAGGCAGGGAUUCACCCACAUGGAGCUGCCUACAGGUGCCCGCACCUCCUGCGCUCUGUGCGUGGCUCUGGGGCUCUGUACGUUGCUCCAGGACCUCUGUGCAUUGCUCUGGGGCUCUAUACAUUGCUCCAGACGCUCUGUGUAUUGCUGUGGGGCUCUGUACACCGCUCCAGGGCCUCUGUGCGUUGCCGAGUCCAUGUACACUGCUCCAGGGGCUCUGUAUGCUUCUCCAGGACCUCUGUGCAUUGCUCUGGGGCUCUAUACAUUUCUUCAGGGGCUCUGUGCAUUGCUCUGGGGCUUCAUACACUGUCCCGGGGUCUCUGCGUGUUGCUGUCAUCUUGCAGCUUCACGUAAAAGCUGCUCCUGCUGCGGAAGCUGCUGCCCCCUCCCGUCCAGCCGCACGCUGCCCGCAGCAGGCAGCUGCAUCACUGCCACGUCGCAGCCUCCGUCAGCAUCUCUGCAACAGCCGCUCACUGCCUGUGUCUCCGGACACACCAGCAUCAACCAGGGCCCAGCAGGCCCAGCACCGAUGGCCUUUUGCUCCUGCGGCGCCUGUCCUGCCCCACGGGGACCCCGGUCACCCAGGUGUGGGACACGCGGGGCCGGCGCUGCCCACCCUCACCAGCAGCCGGGGCCGGGUGGCAUCCCUGCCUGCCACCGAGAGCGGGGUCCCUGCACCCCGGCAGGCACAGCGCUGCCCUGGGCAACCUCCUGCUGUACAUAGAUCCUUUCGGAGUGGUUUUUUGCAUUUUCAUUGAUAAAGAGGGGUUUUGUUUUUGUUUUUAGGGUUUUUUUCUUAAUUAUUAUUUUUAAAGACUCUCUACUUUUGGAAUGUGGUUUCUCAUUUUUACAACUGCCUUCUAAUUAUUUGUAAUAUUGGUCAGUUCUGUCUUAUUCUGUAAAUAGUGGUGCUGGGCAUUACCCGUGGGGGCAGGGGAUUCACACAGGCGAUGGGGAAAACUUCUGGAGGUGUGGAGGUGGCUGAUUCCGCCCCAGCCCCCACGCAGCCUCUGGCUCCCAUCCUCCCCCCGACAAGUCCAAGGCACUUUGGGCAAAGCCACGCUUACCCCUGCCCUGUCCUCCUGCUUCAUCUCGCCAGCCCAGGCCAAAGUCACAUGAAGGGCACCUUCUGCCCUGACGAUGGGCCCCAUGCUGUCCCCCCCGCACCAUGCCUGCUUGCCAUGUGAUGAAUAAAGGCCCUGCAACCCCUCACCCGUGCCCUUGGUUCUGCCUUCCUGGGCUGCGGCAGAGGGACAAUGAUAUCUGUCCUGUCUGGGGAACUGGUGUGGGGUGGCUGCGACACCCGUGGGUGGGGAGAUGCAUCUAGAUUCUGUCCCUGCUGUCCUGCCAGCUGCCCAGUUCACACAUGGUAUCUGAUCCUCUCUCCCCAAUGCGGUCCCUGUGUGCUGACCCCAGCUGUGCCACGCCACCACGGCUCCCUGUCAUCACCCAUGGGUCCUCCAUGGCUGUCAGCCCACACUGGGUUCCUCUUGGCUCCACGUUAUUCUUGUGAUGAUGCUGGUGCUUCUCACGCCUCCCCCUUCCCAUCCUGUCCCGCUCACCCCAGCCUGCACGCAGACCCCACACACCCUUUCCCAUCGCUGCUUCUGGCUUCUUGCCCUUGUGCCCCUCAUCACCUGCAGAUCCCAGCCUCCUCCAGGCUCACUGCAUUAAACUGUCCCUCCCUGAGGUCCUUCAUCACCCACCAUGACCGACCCCUCCUUUAUUUUUCCUUUAUUUUUCAUCCUUUAUCUUCUCCCCAUCUUUCUUCAUCCUCUUCUACCUUCUCCUAUUUCCUUAUCCCCCUCAUCCACCUCCACUUCCCCCAACUUAAGAGCCAUCCUCACUUCCCACCAUUGCCCUGUCCAACAUUCCCAUCAUGCCCAGUCCUGCCCCCUCUUCAUUACCUUCUCUAUUUCCAAUCCCCUUUAUGCUCUUCUGUUUCCCACUGUGUCCUCCUCUGUCCUCCCCUAUGUCCCACUAUUCUUCCCUCCUCUUCUUCCUCCACCUCAAUCUCCCAUUGCCUCCUUGUUCUUCACCAUCUCCUGAUCUCCCAUCUUCUUUUACCACCCAUCAUUUUGCCAUCUUCAUCCUCUUCUACCUCCUACUCUCCCCCAUCCCUCCUCAUUCCUCAUACUGUUGGGGAUGGGACAUAGGGCGAGGUUAGAUGGAGAACCAACCUCCCACCCCAUCCCUACUACUCAAGGCAAUUUCAUAGUACAGGUAAUGGCCACGGCUUGCAGGCUGGGAGGUUCAUCGUGGACAUCAGGAAACACUUCUCCCUAGGGCUGGUGCAGCUGGAGCUGCUCACUGGGGAAGUGGGAGGAUCUCUGUGUUUGGAAGGUUUCAAAAUUCAGCCAGCCAAAGUCACCAGUGUCUUCAUUUAGCAUUAGCAAUAAGCCUUUUGGAACAGGGAGCUUGACCAGAGCCCCCUUGGGAUCCCUUGAAACACACAAAUGUCUGGGAGACUUCUCCAAGCAGAGGAGAAUUUCCAAGAGGGGCAAGAAAGGCCAGUCAUGGCUUUGAAUGCAGUGCUUGGGAUGCUGCAGGACGUGAAGAACCAUCCCUGCCACUUUCAGCUGAUCCAUGGUGCUCAAGCAGGACCACCCCAUGCUGCUUGAACAGGACCAUUCUGUGCUGCUUGAGCAGACCACCCUAUGCUUCUUGAGCAGGACCACCCCAUGCUACUCGAACAGGACCAUUCUGUGCUGCUUUAGCAGACCACCCUAUGCUUCUUGAGCAGGACCACCCCAUGCUACUCCAACAGGACCAUUCCAUGCUGCUAGUGCAGAACCACACCAGGUUGCUUGAGCAGGAGCACUCUGUGCUGCUCCAGCAGGACCAUCCCACACUGUUCAAGUAGGACCACCCCAUGCCGCUCGAGCAGGACCACUCCAGGCUGCUUGAGCAGGAUCAUCCCUUAGAGCUUUAGCAGUACCACUCCAGGCUGUUCAAACAGGACCAUCCCAGCUGCUUGAGUACCAUGGGUCAGGCCAAAGUGGCUUCCUGAGCAGACUGCCAGAUCCCAGGCCAGUGAGGUAUGAGAUGACCUCCUCAGACCCGAGAGCCAGGGACACUAGAAUCGUCUUUGUUUUCCUUCCCUGGGGCUGGGCCAUGCAGGGACACGGUCAUCCCCUUCCAACAGCCUUAUGGCUGCACUAGGACACAAGGCUGCUGGCGCUGCUGCCAAGGGGAGGACAGGUCUCUUCUCCGUACCGAGGGAGCCCCAUAUCCUGAGGGACCUGCAUGCAGGGCCUGUUCAGAGCAUCCGGUGUCACUAACGCACAAGGGCCACUCAGCAUUUGCCUUGUCAUGCUGGAGGCUCCCAGCCAUCCCAUGGAGGGGACCCUGUCCCUUCCAAGGUGAUGUGUCUGAAGGACUGUCCCACCCAGUGCAGGCAGGGACAGGGCAGCCAGUGUCUUGAGAGUGUGGGGGUGACAUUUGUAAAGCGUUCCUGGCUUGUUAAUCUGGGGGGGGGGUGGAGGGGAUUUGCUACCUGUGUUAGAAACUAGCUGAACUUACGUGUCUCCCCAAGCUGGAUUUCUUAUUCCAAACCUUCAAACUGUUGUAUAUUGUACUGGGAUUUUUACAUUGAAUUAUUGUAGAAAACAAAACUUUAAAUCAAGUCUGUUAAAAAAUAAACAUUAAAAAUCUAUAUGAAAAAAAUAAAUAAAAGCUAUCUCCAAGUCCUCUUCUUA